AUGAAGGUCACAAUUGCUGCUCUCGCCGCUUUGGCAACCUCCGUCGUCGCCGUCCCAGCUUGGGGCGAUGCAACCACCACCACUACCACCACGACCACCACCACCAAGCCAGUUGCUGCUUCGUCCACCUCGGUCUGGGCUGACUGGACAAGCACCACAACCACCACCACCAAGCCCGUUGCUGCUUCCACCACCACCGCUGCAACCACCACUGUGUGGGCCGACUGGGAGGAGCCAGAUAGCUGGACCACCACCAUCGUGACCGCCAUCACCACCUAUGUCCCAGAACCCACCACCAUCGUCCACUUCGGCAAGACCUGGACUGUCAGCACUGCCACCACCUUGACCAUCACUGACUGCCCAUGCACCGUCUCUGUUCCCAUCUUCACCAAGGUCUCAACAUCUUGCAGCACUACCGCCACCCCAGUUGCCCCCGUGUCCACCUCGACAGCAGUUGCACCCGCUACCUGGGGCUCAUCAACUGGCGUCAAGCCCGCUGUUGCUACCUACACUGGUGCCGCCAACGCCCUCGUUGCCAACGUCGGUGCUGGUCUUGCCGGUGUCGGUGCCAUUGCCGCUUUCCUCCUAUAA